AACACGGAAGUGUGCGCGUAGCCUACUCCAGUAGCGAGCGACAGCACCGAGGCGGGGACGCGGGAGAUAGUUCUGGACACACGCAGUGGUGUGUUUAGUGCUUUGAACGUGUGCCAAAAGUCUUUAAUGUAGCCAGGAAUUAUGGUGAUUGGUCAUCAUUACAAAACGUAGCAGCUGCUUACAAAACUUCGGCGCACCCAUCCUUAUCUAACUCAACGACGCUACUUGUGUUGAAGUCAUUGCGCAGCGACCGCAUUGUAGCGAGGGGCUAGAAUUUGUUUCGAAGUGUUUGAGAUCAUUCAAGGGGUCAGAAUGUCGUGGAUGCCUAUGUUGGGUCUCACAGCCUUACCUCAUCUGGGAGGUCUGUAUGGUGGCUUUGUGACUCGGAAAGAGGUGAAGACGUGGUACCCUACUCUAAACAAACCAUCUUGGCGGCCGCCUAAUGCAGCUUUCCCAAUAGUGUGGACAUCGCUCUACACAGGCAUGGGGUAUGCCUCCUACCUUAUGUGGAAUCAGUUGGGUGGCUUCACAAACGACGCGGUGGUGCCCCUAGGACUCUACGGCCUCCAGCUGGCUCUGAACUGGGCAUGGACGCCCAUCUUUUUUGGGGCCCAUAAACUGAAAUUGGCCCUGGUCGAGAUUGUGCUGCUGACAGGCACAGUAGGUGCCACCAUGCUGUCCUGGUACCCCAUCAACCGCACCGCCACCCUGCUGAUGGCACCGUAUCUGGCAUGGCUCUGCCUUGCCACCUGCCUCAACUACUGCAUAUGGAGAGACAACCCUGAGAAAAAGGAUCGUACUGAGUAAUUGUGUGAAGACCUGGCUCAUGCACAGAAGGAAAGCGCAAGGUUGUCAUUUUUCUAUUACCAGUACAUUCAGCUUUUUUUAUAUAUGGAUUGUUGCUACUGAAGACGAGAUUUGUUCCUUAUCUAUUUGAAAUGCAUGUGAUGAAACGAGCAUGAAUCCCCAUCCAUAUGUCUUCUUCCCUCCUUGUGAACGCAUAUCUGUUCUUAAUAACCUGAAUGAAAUGGAAUAAGAUGCACAAUAAGACUAAUAAUUGUUUGAAGAGGAAGUAAUAUAUAACACCUUAUGCCUUGAUUUAUGUCCUUAUCUUUAUAAAAGGUCUGUAUUUUUUUGAUUGAUGGAAUUAUCAGUUUGAAUGUUUGUCUUUUUUUUUUUUUUUUGCCUCAAAUCAUUAUAUUUUGCUAUUAAACCAUUUGCAGUAACUGGA